AUGAAAGGAGAACGUUUGAUCAGUAAAGAACUUUCAUUUACUCCAUACGACGUUAAAUGGUUUCCUUUGUCUUCACGAUUAUGUGUUGUUGGUGCUACUAAAAAGGGUACAGGGCAAAUUGCAGUGCAUGGAUUAGCUGGUAAACAUGUAGAACUUAAAGUGGAGGCAGAGACAAAUUCAGUUGUUAGAUGUGCAGCUAUUACAGGACAAGCGCGACAUGUGACAACUGGUGAUUUUGAAGGACAAAUUCAAACUUGGGAUCCUCAAAAGCUCGAUGUUCCUCUAACAUCUAUCAAGGGUCAUGAAAGUAUUGUCAACUGUAUGAGUAGUUUAAAUCAAACGAUAUCAGAAAUCGCGACAGGCAGCAGAGAUGGAUGUGUCAAAGUGUGGGAUACGAGGCAGCCAGAAAAGGCAGUUUUGACGAUAAAGUCUAAUAGCAAAAGAGAUAUUUGGGCUGUCGCAUUUGGUAAAGACAUAAACAGUAAAGUGCUCGCAGUGGGAUAUGAAGAUGGACUUGUUCAGCUAUUUGAUGUGAAUGGAUCUCAGUACUUGUGGAAUACACAAUUAAAAGAUGGAGUCUGUUCAAUAGAUUUCUUGAAUGAUAAGUUAUUGGUCAGUACAUUAAAUGGUGCAUAUAAGAUCAACAUCGAAUCAGGAAAGAUAGAGCAAGUGCAGGCCACAAAGGAUACAACAUUAUGGUGCAUUAGGCAUAUACCCAACACUGAACACUUUACAAUAGCAGAUGGAAAUGGAAAAUUAUCAACCUAUAAAGAUACUAACUUAGAUAACAUAUUGAGCAUAUCAAAACAUCCAGUCAUAUCACUUGAUUGGAAUAAAGACAAGAAAGGAUUGUUUGCUUGCUGUGCAUUUGAUAAAACGAUCAACAUAGGCAUCAUUCAAUAA